GCAAUUACACAAGAUUGAAUACAAGCAAUAUAGUGGGAUGUCGGAUUAUAUCGAGGCGGUUAUGCGGUUGGUGCAGCAACUGGCAGACAUCGACAAAACUAUCGAGGACGAUGAAGUAGCUGAGAUAUUGCUUUCCGGCCUGCCCCAGGAAUUUGACAAUCUUGUUUCUGGUCUGGAGACUGCCUGCUUGACAAGCAAAUUAAGUAGUGAAGUGGUCCGGACGCGCCUGCUUCAGGAGGAGCAUAGGCGCAAUGGAGAGGAGAACGCUACAGCUUUACAUGUUAAGAAGAAGAGUCCCUUAUACUGCAGCUUUUGUAAGAGGAAUGGACAUACAGUAAAACGGUGUUUCAAAAAGAAAAGGGAGGAGCAGAAGGAUCCGCAUACUCACUCCAUGUAUGCAUCAGCGAAUGCGGCCUGCAGUGAAGAUGCUCAAGAUUUUAUAGUGGAUUCAGGCUCGACAUCCCAUAUGUGUUCUAAUAAGGACCUUUUUAGUGAAACCCAAGGAAAAAGACAUGAGUGGUAGCUGCGUGUCGUGCUUGUCUGGAAAAAUGCCUAAGGCACCUUUUCCAGUCAGCACUAGUCGUGCUACUGUCCCAAACCAGCUUAUACACUCCGACGUCAUUGGCCCGAUGCAAGUACGCUCAUGGGGCAACGCACGCUACUUGCUGACCUUCACUGACGACUAUACCCGAAAAACAUGGGGCUACCUGAUGAAAAAUAAAUCUGAGGUGAGUUCCCAUUUUAUUAAUUUCAAAAGCCUAGUUGAGAAACAGAAGGAUUUGCCAAUUAAAGUGCUUCGCACAGAUAAUGGUACAGAGUAUGUUAAUCAUAGACUCAGUAGUUAUCUUCAGCAGCACGGUAUUAUUCACCAGACCACUGUACCUUAUUCGCCCCAACAGAAUGGUGUUGCGGAACGUGCAGGUAAAACGAUUUUUGACAAAGCAAGAGCAAUGUUACAUGAAUCCGGCCUUUGUAAUCGCUACUGGGGAGAGAGCGUAAUGUGCGCGAUUUAUUUAAAAAAUAGGUCUCCUACCAGAGCUUUGUCGGGUGACAUUCCUGAACGCUUAUGGUCUGAGUCUGAUGUAGAUGUUAGCCAUUUACGCGUCUUUGGAUGCCUUGCUUAUUCUUUGAUUCCUAGUCAAAAACGUCGUAAGCUUGAUCCGAAAGCGAAAGCUUACAUAUUUGUGGGUUAUGGUGAAAACUGCAAAGGUUAUCGUUUGAGUGAUCCUGCCAAUCCUCGUAACGUAAUUCUUGCAAGGACAGUAAACUUUUUAGAGGAUAAAUUUCCUGGAAAAUAUGACAGUUGCAAGCCAAGUUGUGGAGAUGAAUUUUAUUUUUAUAAUGUUGACAUGGAUAUUGGCAAUUUUAAUAAUGUUAAUAAUUUAAAUUCAAAUGAAUCUAGUCAAUGUAUUUUAAAUGAUGAAUUAAUUUUAAAUAAUGAAUUGAAUUUAAAUAAUGAAGCCAAUUUUAAUAAUGAACGUGAUAAAUCUGACAAAUCUUGCUCAAUUAGCCCUCGUCACAUUUCAGAUGCGGAGUCACCGACGCCACCUGCGUGGUCGCCGCUGUCUGAAAGAUAUUGUACUGGCGAUGAAGGUGAUGAUGACGCGCGUGAUGAAGACUAUGUGCCGGUGGGCUCUGAGUCUUCGCUUCCUGCGUCAUCACUUGAUAGUAAUGACAAAGGUAAUGGAGCUUGUGACCCGCUGGGCGCUGUGUCUUCUGUGCCGGAGUCUGCUUCACCUGGUAAGGAGUCGAUGUCGUCGGCUGUUACCGACACAUUUAGCUCACGCCCCGUACGUAGUACGAGAGGUACUGUUCCUGGCAGAUUUGACGACUACGAUUUAUCCAUGUUAUCAACGAUGGCUGAUGGUUCAUUAGAUGAACCCUCGUCAUAUGAAGAAGCUGUGAACUCGCCAGAAAAGGAUAGUUGGUUCGAGGCGAUGCAAUGUGAGUAUAACUCUAUGAUCAAGAAUAAUGUUUGGACGCUAGUCGAUCGGCCCAAAAAUGAAAAUAUCGUAAAAUGUAAAUGGGUAUUUAAAAAGAAACUAGAUGAUUCAGGUAAAGAUUCUAAAUUUAAAGCAAGACUGGUUGCUCGUGGCUUUAGUCAGAAAGAGGGGAUAGACUACACUGACACUUUUUCACCUGUUGUAAGGCACAGCACUUUGAGAAUCUUAUUUUCUCUUGCAACUGAAUUAGAACUAGAAAUUGAUCAUAUAGACGUUACUACUGCAUUUUUAAACGGAGAACUUAAUGAACAAAUUUUCAUGGAGCAACCAUCAGGUUUUAAACAAAAUGACAAAGUUUGUUUAUUAAAUAAGAGUAUUUACGGGCUAAAGCAGGCUAGCAGAGUGUGGAAUACUAAAAUACACUCAGUUUUAUCACACAAUGGAUAUGUUCAAAGUAAAUGUGAGCCAUGCAUCUACAUUAAGAAAACUGAGACUGAAUAUGUAAUAAUAGCUCUGUAUGUUGAUGAUUUUUACAUCUUUCAUAGCAAUUGUAUUAAAAAUGUUUUAAAACUCUUGCAAGACAAUUUCGAAGUUCGCCAUUUAGGUAAACUACAGAAUUGUUUGGGAAUGAAUGUUCACAGGCAAAAUGGCGUAACUACAUUAGAUCAGUCAGCAUACAUAAGACGUUUAUUAGUUAAGUACAAUAUGAUAAAUUGUAAGGCUGUAUCCACACCACUGCCUGUAAAUAAUAAAUUUGAAAAGCCAGAUAAAGCAUGUUUAAAUGAUGAUGCAUAUAAAUAUAGGCAAUUAUUGGGCAGUUUGAUGUAUUUAAGUGUUUGUACAAGACCUGAUAUAUCAUUUGCAUGCAGCCAGUUAGGUAUGUUUAGUAAUUGUUUUAAUGAAAAUCACUGGCGCGCCGCAAAACGUGUUCUGCGUUAUUUAGCUGGUACAGUUAAUUAUGGACUGUGCUUUACCAAAAGCAAUAGUUUUGAUAUUAAUGCUUACACAGACGCAGACUGGGCAAACGAUAUAUCGGACCGUAGAUCUUACACUGGGUUUGUCAUAAAAUUAGGCGAAAAUGUCAUCAAUUGGGAGGCCCGAAAGCAACGUUGUAUAGCUCUAUCAAGUUGUGAAUCAGAGUAUAUCGCUAUUGCUGACGUUUGCAAAGAUAUUUGCUUUGUUAAAAAUUUCAUUUGUGAAAUUAUAAACAAAACUUGUAAUGUAAUUGUAUUUAACGACAGUCAAAGUGCACAAAAGUUGCUUCUUAUAAAAGAUCACUCCCAUAAGAGAACUAAACACAUAGACCUAAGAUACCAUUUUGUCAAAGAUUUAGUUCAAAGGAAAUACCUAAGUGUAAAGUAUUUGCAAACUGACCGUAUGGUGGCAGACGUACUAACUAAGCCAUUAUGUAGUCAGAAACAUAACAACUUUGUGAAGGCAUUGAAUCUUAAACCGUGUUAAGCUUGUGAUAAAAUAUGUUUUUAAUGUUAUGUUAAGUUAUGCAUCAUCUCUUGUUCUACUUAUGUCUAGCAUGCUAUUAUGAGACAUUGUGCAUCAUGUUAAUUUUAAGCUCUACCAUACUUGCUUGCCCAUGUUUUGUAUGUUUAUGUAGAGCCAUAUUUGCAGUUUGCAAUCUCAGGAUUGAUAUAAUCCAAUGUGAGGCGUAAGGAGGAGUAUUGAAUAUCAUGUAUACACCCCACAUUGGAUCUUCUAUUAAUAUACUUAAUCUAUGACAGCUAAUUGAAGUUUGCUGCAUCUAUGUGCGUUACUCUAUCUAUGGCACUUUCUGUCAAACAUCUCUACAACGCGAACAUGGCUCCGUAAUUAUGAUAUAUACUUUAAAUACUAAUCUUAAGGAAUCUUUUAAGUCUUUUAUCAAACUUGGACUCACAAUGUUGUAAGUUUAUUAUUUAUUCAAUAAUAAAACAACAUUGGCUGGA